CUAACUGUCUCUUUUUCUCUUACAUGUGUCUGGUUCCGGAACUACAGAAGGCAUGCAGUAAGCACAUUUCUCCCUAGUUCAGACGCCAAGUUUGUUCUCUGCAGUUUUCAUCGCAUUUUCAGGAAAGCGAAAAUGGGAGCUUCUUCGUCUUCACACCAGGUUUCACAAGAAGAAAAGGAGGCAGAAACCCUAGCCAUGGCCACCGGCUGCCUUCCCAUGCUUCAGAAAGCCUUUACCAAGCUUUCCAAUCCUCAGACUAACACCAUUCCCAUCAAAACCCUCCGGGAGUGCUUCUAUAUUCAGAGUACAAAACUAGAAUCAGAGGAAUCUGCGAUACCUGAAUCUUUUCCAAAGUUAUUGGAGAAUCUGGGUGCAUCUGUCAUUGACCAGUUUUUCAAGACAGAGAAUGAAGAAAUUUCAUCGUUUGAGUUUUUGAGAGGUUUUGUUAGGUGUUGUGGAAGAAACCCUGCAUCUGUUUCUUUGAACAUGUUGUGCAAGCUGUAUUCCAAAACUUGUGCAAAGGUUGACAUGCUUCCAAAGCCAGAAAUUUUAUUUGAUGAUUCCAUUGAUGGUAAAGUAAGUGGGUCUCUCACAACUGCUGAUAUGCAUAUGCUUCUUUGGAUGUGUUGGAUAAUGGCACAUAGCCCAUGGAUUUUGAGGUUUUGCGAUGAACAAAAUGGCAAAGCUGCUUUGGUUCUACCAGAGAUAAACCAUUUGGUGUUCUCAGUCAUGGUGUCAUGCAGUGAGAUUGGCAGUGAUAUGGACAUCUUGGGUAAAGAUGUCUCAGUUUGUACUGAUCAGAUUUCCAUUGGAAAGUUUCAUUUGUGGGCUCUGGCAACAGUUCCUGGUCUUGCAAACUGCCUUGGUCGGUAUGUCCAUGACAGGCUUCAAAGAUUGAGUUCUAUCCAUGAGGAGUCCAAUAAAUGUGAACAGGAUGUUUCUGAGCCUUCUUCUCGAUCAGUUGGUGAUUUAUCCUCUGCCAAUACACGAAAUAGACAUCUUUUGACAUGUGGAAGGGCCUGGGCUAUUUCUCUUUCCUUGAGAGACUUUUCGAUUGAGGAGCUUCUAAAGACAUGCUGUUUUCCUGAAAGGGGUGUUGGAACAUGUCAGCAACUCCUUUAUAGGUCUUGUUUGGAUGGUAAGGGAAUGAACAGAUUCUGGGCUAAAGUAGAAGGUUACCAUGGACCACUUUUGAUGCUGAUAUCUGCAAGUUCAGGCUCCCAAAGUCAUCAUGGUGUUGGACAAUGGAUCAUUGGGGUCCUCAUUUAUCAGGGUUUUGAAAAUAAAGAUGUUUACUAUGGAAGUAAUGGAUGUCUCUAUGCUAUCAGCCCAAUGUUUCGUGUAUUUGCUCCUUCAGGAAAAGAGAAGAACUUUGUAUACAGCCAUUUGCAUCCCAAGAAAGUAUAUGAAGCUCAUCCAAAGCCAGUUGGGAUUGCAUUUGGGGAGAGUAUUGGAAAUGAGAGAGUUGUGCUUGAUGAGGAUUUCUCCAGAAUUACCGUGCGGCAUCAUGCAGGGGACAAAACUUAUAAGCCAGGUUCUCUCAUUGCUAAUCAGGGGUUUUUAUCAGUUGAGGCAUCUAUUCUAGAGGUGGAAGUGUGGGGCUUGGGCGGAAAAGUUGCAAGAGAGGUGCAGGAUUCAUACAAGCAAAGGGAACAACUUUUUGCAGAACAGAGGCGCAAGGUUGACCUGAAAAAUUUCACAAGCUGGGAGGAUUUGCCAGAAAAGAUAAUGAUGGACAUGAUUUCUGAUCCCAACCGUGUUCGAAGGGAAGAUCGAUAAAUGAAGUUCAUAUACUUGGUUCCUAUAUAGUUUCAUUGACCAAAACAGAUCUAACUUAUACACUGGAUAAAGGGAACUAGAUCACUUGUGAAGAUAUCGAGCAGUUCCCAACACGGGUCGAGGGUUUCAAGGUACAUGGGACUGAGGGCCAAAACCUAUUCGUCAUAUUCUUUUUGCCUUCGUACUUUAGUUCUCAGGUUCGUAUCCUUGGCUUACCCAGUAUGGUAAAACAUGGAUUCCCAAGUUCAUCAAUUGUACUAUAUCAAGACAAUGUUCAUGUAUAUUAGUACUAUGAAUAAAUUGAUAAUAGCAUCAUUUUUAGUGGUUAA